CCUCGAGAGUGUGAGGAUUGGGGAGCUCUUUCUCUCAAGAUUCCUUCAUUCCCGAUCUCUCUCGUUCGUCGUUUCUCUUCGUUCGCUAUUGCAUGGCAGCCAACUCGAAGGGGCGAGCGAUCGCUAGUUCUCUCGGUAAGCGAUUCGCCAACCGGAUCUGGGCUUCCACCUCUCGCGAUCAAGCUCCUUUGCCCUCUUCCUUCGCCUUGGCUUCUAGGAGGGGUGCACACGUGUCGUCGUACGAGAAGAACUACGACGACCAGGUGCACCCGGUGGUGGUCCCGGACGAUGUAAUCGGGUCCAGGUCCGACAAGUACUGGGGCCCACAUCCGAAGACCGGUGUCUUCGGCCCCUCCGAGCAACAACUCGCCGCCGGCGACUCCGCCUCUUCCGCCACUACGAGCAGCGGCGCUUCCUCGGUGCUGAACGAAACCCACUGGUUCCGCCCUCUCGAGGACGUCGACAAACCCCCCCACAACUAACGUGCUUUCCGCUUCGCACGUGCCGGAAUUAAUAAAUAGAUAAAAAAGGAAAAAAUAUCUCUAUAUAUAUAUAUAGUGAUAUAAAUAAAUAAAUAAAUAAGAGCGUUCACUGUUGUUGAUGAUACCUUUUAAGUGUGGUGUGGGGACCACUUGGGUUUGUAAUAUGGCGAGCCUGUUUUGGCACGUGCCGUUUCUUAUGUUUAUGGACUUCCGUAUGCUACGUGUUUGCAACUGUGCUAUUUUUAAAAUGUCUUUUUCUCU